AUGGCCCUUUUCCGCUUUCUCGUCUUACGGCGUGGGCUGAGAGGCAUUGUUCUCAUGUUUACGCGGUUUGAGUCUCGCACGCGGUUUAGCAGAAGAUCUUGGAUGCAGACGCGGCGGCGCCCUCCUCCUCACCCUGGUCCUCCGGCGUCGUUUUCCCUGACUGUCGACGCCUCUCCUUCUGUCCCAGACGUUUCGUCGUCUCUGUCUUCUCCUUCGUCUCUUUUCUUGUCUUCGCGCUCUCCCCGCCAAGCUUCCUUUUCUGUUCCCCCUCCGUCGCUCGCCGAUGGCGUGUUGUCUCCCUCUGCAGAAGCUUCGGGCUUCAUCUCUUCGUUUUCUUCGCGCUCUGCCUUAGGCUCUUCUGCCUCUUCGCCUCUGCUGCCGGCGCAUCCAUACGCAGCGAAAAACGAGCUUCCGAACGGCUUGGCUUACUUCCUUCUUCCCCAUGCGUACCCUCCAGGGUCGCUUGAGGUGCAUAUGGAGGUGCACGCAGGCAGCACCAGCGAGGGAGAGCACGAGCGCGGCAUCGCCCAUCUCUGCGAACAUAUCAGCUACAUGGGCAGUCGAAAGCGAGAGGCCUUGAUUCGCCACCAAGCAGAAACCAACGCGUACACAGACUUCCACCACACGGUCUUCUUUGCGGCGUGGCGAGGCGGCGACAAAGAGGACGAAACUACGCGAGACGCGAGCCAGGAGCAACUGACCACCGAAGCGAAACUCCGUUUAGCCCUGGCCGCCAUGAGAGAAGUCCUGGAGGCGCCGACGCAGUUUACCACUGAGCGUUUGAAUCGGGAGCGGGCGGCGGUGAUUUCUGAGGCGUCUUUGGUGAACACGAUUUCGUACCGAAAGGAGCAGAUUCUGCUCUCGUUGCUGCAUGCAGAGACGAUUCUGCCCUCGCGGUUCCCCAUCGGUCGCCUAGACCAGAUAAGAUCGUGGAGGGUCGAAGACGCUAGGCGCUUCCACGCCCGUUGCUACAGACCCGACAACGCGGCGAUCUACGUCGUCGGGGACAUUGGCCGCGAACGCGCAGAGAAAGUCGUUCGCGAAAUCCUCGGCCCUGUCAAACCCAAAGAGGAGGAAGAAUCCAACUGGCUCAAGUUGAACGAUGUCUGGAAAAACACCGUCAAACACGUCUCGGCGUGGUUCCCUCCACUCGCCCACCGUUGGCGAAGUUCGUCGUCUUCUACUAGCCUGCCUUCGUCUCCUGCAUCUUCUUCUAGACCUUCGGCUUCUCCAGAGUCUCCUUCUGCUGAUGCGCCUCCGUCUGCGGCGUCGCCUGAGACUUCUCAGGCUUCCUCGGCGUCUGCUCGUGGUUCCGCUUCUGGCGGAUGCCCCUCGUCUUCGCUGUUUUCUUCUCGCGAGCUGCACAUCUGGAAGCAUCCCUUGAUUCAACAGUUCUCCUUGGUUUUCCUAUCGAAGAAGCCACUCCGGCCACUCAAGACGUUCGCAGACUACAAGCGGCUGAUUUUGCGCAAGCUGAUUCUUCAGGCCCUGUCCCUGCGUCUCAGUUGUGCCACCAGGGAGCGAGGCGCGAAUAUUCAUCAGAUCGACCUGUGUGAAGUCAACAGCAUCAAAGAAGGAUGUCGCGUCCUUUCGCUAGAAGUUCAGUCGAAUCAACGGGGAGAAGAAUGGAAAGAUGCCAUCAACACAGCCAUUCAACAAGUGCGGCAAAUGGCUCACUACGGCCUCUCUCGGUCGGAGUUGAGGAGCCUGUUGAGCACGUACAGCGUGAAUUUGCGUCGUCUUCGUCUCUCUCAACUUUCAUCUGCCGACAUGCUUCGCGUGGUGAUGGAGACAGCAGCUUGUCAUCAUACUCUCCUGCAUCUUGAAGAGGAGAAACAGAUCGCUAUGGAUCUCUUAGGUCUUCACUGCGCGACCACCAACAGUCCUAUUGUCCCUUCGGAGUCGACCGAGUCGUCGUCAGCUCCAGGCUCUGUCUCGCCUUCUUCGUCUCCGGAGGCCUCGCUGUCUGCGCCGGCUGGGCCGCUUGCGUUGGCGUCAGCCAGAGACACAGACGAAGAGCAUUCCGCACUUGAAGCUAGCGAGGACGCCGAAGCUGAGAGAGCCGACGCCGAUGCCCUCGCCGCGAGUGAAGAAGAGCUGCUACGCGAGAUCAACAAAGAAGCAAACGACUUGUGCAGAUGGAUCGAAAUUCACCCGGACGACGCGCAGAGUGGACCUGAUGUCGUGCUUGCCUUCAUGCACGGCCCGGCGGCUUCGGAGCGACCUCGGAAGAAAAGCGCAGAGCAGGGAAAUGAAGACGGUGCGGCCGAAUCCUUAGAGGGAAAUGAAGUAACUGAGGACCGGGUGCCAAGCCCCGCAGUGCCGAGCUGCAGUGCGCUGGUCAGCCGGCGGCUUCGGCCUGGCCCUCUCGAUGGCACGGAGAGAGAAGUCAAGAGACACCGUCCACCAGGGUCGGGCGAUGAAUCUUCUGCAGACCAAGGAGCAGACGCCAAGAAAGAAAAUCCGCCAGACCCGGUCGAGCAAAACGGGGGGGACGCGACACACGGCGACACGACCAUCGUCCCCAUCAAGAAGGAAGACAUCGCCGCGGCAAUCACGCAUGCAUUCCAGCAAGAAAUCGGGCCGCCAACAGCCGACAUACAGGCCCCUGCGCGCCUGUUGAGCGCUGAAGAGAGUGCCGCGCUUUUUCGUCAGGCGACGGAGUUUCGGGACGUUGUUCAUGAAGGAAACCGAGAAUCGCGGAAGGUCACCCGACCGGAGAUACCUCCAGAGAAUGCAGGGAUAUCAGGUGACCACGCCACCCCCCUUUUGCACAGGAUUGGCCCAGAGAAGAAGGACGACAAUGCAGACAGCGAGCGGGCUUUCCUUCGCAGCCAUUCAAUGAGACUGACGCGUCUACACAACAACAUAAAAUUCAAUGCGAAGGUUGCUGAUGAUGAGAAAGGCACCGCGCACAUUCGCCUUCUGCUUCCAGGCGGACGCAUGGGUGCGGCGGUGAACCCAACUGCCCUGUCUUCGCCGUCGCCGCAGGGCCGGCGACUCGAACAAGAAGGCGCGAAGGAAGCUAACGACGUGGAUCGAGUAAACGGACACAGAGGAGUUCCUACAGUGCUGAAUGUGAAUCCCGACAGCGCAGAGAGCCGGAUGCGAAGCCAGCUGGAGACCCGCAGUCGCUGGGGCGCUGCCCUGGUCCUCGGCGCCCGAACCAUGAUGGAAGGUGGCGCCUUGGGAGAAUUCACCAGACAACAGGUGGAAAGGUUCUGUCAAAGGAAUCUUCUAGGCGUUUCCAUCGAUUGCUUGGAUGAGUUCUUCUCGAUUGACAUCAGCGUCCCGACAAACAUUGGGAGUGAUUUUCCGGUCCACAAUGGCCCCGCGGGAGGUCCUUUGGAGAGCGCAUUUCAGCUUCUUCGUCUCGUUCUCUCCUCCUUCGUGUACGAAGAAGACGCGUUCGAUCGCGCCAGACAGCAGGUGCUUUUGGACUGCGAACACUACACGAAGGAUCUCUCAGCAUACUCCCUGGGCGAGCUGGUGAUCGAGAUGAGUGGCGGCGACCCGCGUUUCCUCUGCCUUCGUCCGGAGGUCGUCAAGACCCUUUCUUUCGCAGAUGUGAAGCGAGUCGUCCGCACGCUUCUGCAGGACCAGUUAAAGGCAGGAAACAUGGAGCUGAGCGUUGUGGGUGAUAUCAACCUACGGGACACUGAGGUGCUUGCGCAGGCGUACCUAGGAACCUUGCAGAACAUUCCGCUGAAUGAGGACGACAGCACGGCAGAGCAGGUCGCAGAGGGCGAGAGCGAUGUGGCGGGAAGGCUACACGUGUCGGGGGGCGAACGCGACGAACAGAAGUCGAACGAUAUGGAUGCCUGUUUGGCAGAAUCCCCUUUUCUCCAUUUACAAAGGCGGCGUUCGUCUGUGAUUUCUCGUCCUCUGGAGGAGACGAACGGUCGCGAAGAGGCUUCCGGGAGGGCAAGGGACCAGAAACGGAAAGAGCAACGCGUGUACGUCCAUGUAAUUGAUUCCGACGAACGUGCUGUCGUCCAUCUGGCUGGUUAUGCCUCGAAUAGAUGGGGGGUCCUCCCCAACGGCAGGCUGGCGUGGACUUCGUCCCAUCCGUUCGCUUCGUCGUUUGCGCCUUCGUCUUUCUCUUUCUCGAACGCGCGAACGCACCAUGCAGGCAGCCAGUCGGAGCUGGGUGGGGAAACAGCGAGGAAUGUGGAUCAGGAAGAAGGAAAGGGGAAACCCCUAGGAGCAGACAGUGAAGAUGAGGCCCUGUGGGACCCGCGGCGCCACCCAGCCUUCGGACGCGUCGCCCUCUGGCUUCUGCAAGAAAUUGUUUCCAAACGCAUGUUCAGUGUGCUCCGCGAAGAGCAGCGCCUGACGUACGACGCGACCUUCGAUUUUCUUUCCUUUGAAAUACUUCGGGGCGGCCUCUUCGUCGUCACCGUACAUACUGAACCGCGUCUCGUGGAGGCAGUUUUGCAAGUCGCACGCACAGCGCUAAGGGACCUCGCUACGGUUCGCCCGCUUCAAGGAUACCAGCUCGAAAGUGCCAAGAAACAAAUCAUCUCCCGGCAUGCACACGACAGACAGAUGGGGCGGUAUUGGAUGGAGCUUCUUGCGGGACUACAACUAGACAAUCUACCACAGAAGAACAUCGCAUAUAUUCGCGAUCUCCCUGCCGUUGUCGAGAGCGUCACGCUGGAGGACCUGCAGGAGAUAUUUGAAUCUUUUGGGUUGCGUGACGCUGACCUCUGGGAGGGUGUUGGAACCGCCGGCCCCGUACCCCCGGGCGGCUUCAUCGGGAGAAAGAGUGGCGACCGAAAGCGUCUUUCCGUAGCUUCAACACUUAGAGGUUAA